CAAAACUAUUUCUACAGCACAAGGGGGAAAGCCCACUCUUUACAUGACACCCUGACAAGCAAGGAUGACUUCGCCCAGAGACCCCUUCACAAAGGCUGGCUUCGAGCCUCUGCUCGUGCCCGUUUCCCCACCCGCGCACGAUCCGACGCUGUCGCUGGAGAUCUACGUGCACCGCUACAAGCACCCAGCCGGUUCCUCUGCCAAGGAGCCACUGCUGCUUCUCCACGGCCACCCGCAGAACUCGAUCAUCUACCACCGCGUAGCACCGGACCUCGUCAAGAGUGCUGGGCGUGACAUUGUCAUUGCCGACUUGCGGGGCCAUGGGCACAGCGGAGUCCCCAAAGUGCGAAACUACCAAAAGGGCGACGAGGAGGGCGGUGUCAGGGAUGCCCGUCCUUUGGAAGAGGCGCUCAAGUGGCGCUACUCGAAGCGCGAAAUGGCCAGAGACAAUGUUGUCGUCAUGAAACACCUGGGUUACGACAAAUUCAGCGUCGUGGCUCACGACCGAGGCGCACGAGUUGCCCAUCGAAUGGCCCUCGACCAUCCAGAGACAGUGGUCAAGAUCAUGCUGCUCGACAUUGCGCCCACCUAUGACCUCUACGAUCUCGCGCGUGCCAGCUUCGCUACCAGGUACUGGCACUGGUUUUUCCUCAUUCAGCCCCACCCUUUUCCUGAGCAGAUGCUCCUUGCAAGUCCGGCCGGGUACCUGCAAAAGAUGCUCGGUCGCUAUGGCGAUCCGUCCAACAGCGACCUCUUUCCACGCGAUGUCGUCGACUCGUACACUCGCCAGCUCUCAUCGCCGCCUCGCGUGCACGCCACUUGUGAAGACUACCGCGCCUCGGCGCCCGGCGGCGUGGACCUCUUGCUCGACGAGGAAGACCGCAAGGCUGGUCGCAAGGUCAAGCAGCCCACGAGGAUCCUGUGGGGUGAUCGGGGCAUCUGCGAGCUAGAAUUCGGUCACGAUCGCAUGCUUGAGCUCUGGAGGAACGUGUGCGACGAUGCCAACGGACGGGCUCUGAAGGACUGCGGCCACUACGUCCCCGAAGAGGUGCCCGACCAAUUGCAAGACGAGAUUCUGGCCUUCUUCUGAGAGCAUGUGGCAAGCAGCAAUGAAUUGCAUGUGAAUCAGGCCGGGAG